AUGAACUCGUUUCCGUCCUUGUCCUUAAGCUUGUCGGUGAGGGGGUUGAAGUGGAGACUGCCGGCAACAGUCAUGGCGACGACCAGAUCGGGGGAGGGUUACCGUCAUUACGGCCCGUGA